AUUCUAGAGUUUAUACCUUGAAAAAGAAAACAUAAAAUCAACAAGAAAAAAAUGUAAUGCUAAUAUACCAAACAUACUCUAGGUCCGGUCAAAAGAUAAGAAACUCAAAAUUAUUUUACAUAGAAAUGCAAACAUAAGACUCAAACAGAACUUAGAGACCGAAUAUGCUGAGGAUUUUGCCAUCUUUUACAUCAACAGCAACAAUAAUCUAAACUUUUAUUUCGUAUCUUUAAUUAGUACAUGCCACAUUUCACAACACUUGGUCACGCCAAAGCUAAGCAUAUCCUCUUUCAUAUUCUGUUACUGUAUUACAUAACCACUAUUUAUAAAUCUCUAUAUUAACUUCUUCUUCCUCCAGAUCUCAUUAUAAUACAUUUCUUUCCUUUUUUCCAGUUAAAAGAAAGAAUAUAAACCUAAGAUAUAUAAUAUUGUAUUUUGAUGAAGUUUGGGAAGAGGAUUAAAGAACAAAUACAAGAGUCGUUGCCGGAGUGGCGAGAUAAGUUUCUACGUUACAAAGAACUCAAGAAUCUGAUCUCUUCUCCAGAUCCGGCUGAAUUUAUCUUCAUCGGUUUGUUGAACUCCGAGAUCGAAAAGUUUAAUGCUUUCUUUGUGGAACAAGAAGAAGAUUUCAUCAUCCACCACAAGGUAUUGCAAUAUCGGAUUCAGAGAUUGGUAGAGAAGUACGGAGACAAUGAUGAUGAAACGUUCAGAGAGGAGAUUGGUGAGAUCAGAAAGGAUAUUGUUAACUUCCAUGGAGAGAUGGUACUUCUCGUUAGUUACAGCAACAUUAACUACACUGGAUUAGCCAAGAUUUUAAAGAAGUACGACAGGAGAAGCGGAGGAGCAUUGCGAUCACCGUUUGUACAGAAAGUUCUUCAUCAACCAUUUUUCAAGACGGAUUUGGUGUCGAGGCUGGUGAGGGAGUGGGAGACGACGAUUGACGCGGUGUUUCCGGCGUCGAAUGCGGAAGCGGAGAGGGGAUAUGAGCGGUCUGCGGCGGUGAGUUCAGCGGCUGCGGGAGAAGGGAUAUUUAGGAAUACGGUUGCGGCGUUGGUGACGAUGAGAGAAAUGAGAAGAGGGAGCUCUACGUACAGUGCUUUGUCACUUCCACCGGUUAAUCUCUACGAUCUCGAUCUCGUUCUACAACCGAUACACAUCCCUUCCCCGAUAUUAUCGUAAUAUUUGUAACUCACGUUUCAUAUAAGCAGCGUUUUUAGUUUUGACUAUGUCAUUAGACCAGACGGACUAUGUCACUAUCUUAAUAUUUCGUAUUUUAAUCAGUCAAGUUUAGCGAUA